AUGUCUUCUCCGCUCAAAAAUGUCAUUAUAGUUGGGGCAGCCGGUAGGUUGGGUACCUCGAUCCUCGCUACUUUCGACGCCGACCUCAACUUCAAUAUUUCUAUCCUCUCUCGCAAGUCCUCUAAAUCCGUUUUCCCAGCUCGUCUCGUUGUUCAUCGGUUCAGUGACGAGUACCCAGAAGAUGAGCUUUUGGAAGCGUUAAAAGGACAAGAUGCAGCUAUCAAAGCCGGUGUGAAACGCUUUGUACCGUCUGAGUUUGGAAGUGAUACGAGAAAUGAAAAGGGGAUGGAGAUUAUCCCGCAGUAUUUUAAGCAUAAACUGGACACUGUGGAAUAUUUGAAGGGAAAAGAAAUGGAAGGAUUGACUUGGUCUGCGUUUGUCACUGCUAUUAUCUACAACGAAGGUAAAGAUGCCUAUUCAACCACAACAAUAGCCUCCAUCGGCACCGCUCUCAAAAACAAACUUCUCCAUCCAGAAGAAACCGCCAAUAAGCAUCUUUUUAUCUCCAGUUUUCAUGUUUCGCAAAACCAAAUCCUCGCUUCCCUCAAAAGGACGACGGGUAAAAAGUGGGAUGUUACAUAUGUUGAUGCGGAAGAGCAGAAGAAAAUUGGAAUGGAGAAGAUGGCAAAGGGGGAUUUUAGUGGUGCGAUGGGGUUGAUUAGAUAUACUAAUUCUGUGAAGGGACAUGGUGGGUAUUAUGCGGGGUAUGAGGAGAUGUCGAAUGAGUUACUGGGGGUGCAGGGAGAGGAUUUGGAUGAGGUUGUAAGGGAGAUUGUGAAAGGUUGA